AUGAGUAUGGAAGCACAGUUCUACGAAGCAUUACGUCGGCAACGCGUUAUUGAUCGACGACAAUCAGUUGGAGUUUCGAGACAAGUUCAACAGCCUAAAUAUCAACCACGAUAUAUUCCAGUUGGCUCACUUCGACAAGACGAUAUGCACGUGCCAUGGACAUUUAACCCUUUGCGUCGUACUAAACUAUCUAACAGUGAUCAAAGUGUAUUUAAAACCGAGCAAAACAAUCAUCCACAUCGAGUGCCAUCAAGCCAACGAUAUAUUAUGCAUGGAAAACUUCAUAAUCGAUUUUCGUCGAUGAACUACAUUCAACAAUGGUAA